UUGAAGAUAUCUUUGUUGAUAUAUGUGUUUAUGUUUUUUUGCCAAGUGCUUAGAAUCUUUUAUUUAUAUUUCCUCCUUUUGAGAGCAUGUUGAUGAGGGCAUACGAAGUUGACGCGUAUGCUUCAGGAUGAAUUUGAUCUUGGUAGAAUUAAAAAACUUCGGAGAACACAUUUUCUCUGUUUGAUUAUUGAGGCCUUCUUGUAGACUUGGCGACAUUUGAGUUUGACUGUUGAUUUUCUCAAUUUGUUUACUUAAUUCUAUUAAAAGAAUUUUAAUGCUUUUUUUUUUCUUUUUUUUUGGAGAAAUCUAAUGCUAUUAUUACUAAACUAUUUUUCUUACUCUAUAUGCUUAAUUUUGUAGCUAUCCCUUUUAAUAAUUAUUUAAAAUUUCAAUCAUAAGUAUGAAAUUACGUAACUAGCAAUUUGUAUAAUACUAUAAUCUAUUUGCCUGUACACAAAUGUGCCAUAUCCUAUAGCAUCAUUUACCGAAAGGACUGUGUACGUAGGAGCUAUGACUUGAUGGAACAAGUAUUUAAAAUUUAUGUAUACAAAGAAGGGCAGAAGCCCAUAUUUCACCAACCAGGGCUGACGGGAAUAUAUGCAGGAGAAGGGUGGUUUAUGGAACUGAUAGAGAAAAGUACUCGCUUCACUGUAGAGGACCCUAAGAAAGCUCAUCUAUAUUAUUUACCCUUCGGUUCCACAACUUUACGCUGGACCUUAAAUUCUGAGAAAUCUCAUAAUCCAAAGAAGUUGGAGGAUUAUCUUAAAGAUUAUGUGGAUUUGAUCAAGAAUAAAUACAGCUAUUGGAAUGCUAACGGGGGAGCAGAUCACUUUUUUGUUGCUUGUCAUGAUUGGGCUUUACGUAUAACGAGGAAGCAUAUGAGCAGCUGCAUAAGAGCUUUGUGCAAUGCCAAUGCAGCUAGAGGAUUUAGUAUAGGCAAGGAUGUUAGUGUACCGGUAACAUUUAUUCACAAUGAAGAUGACCCUUUAAGAGAUAUGGGAGGAAAACCACCUUCAGACAGAGAUAUAUUAGCCUUCUUUGCUGGAAAAAUGCAUGGAUAUCUCCGACCAUUGUUGCUCAAGUAUUGGGAGAAUAAGGUAUCAGACAUGAAAAUAUUUGGUCCAAUGCCCCUUGAUAUUGAAGGAGAAACAAUGUACAAAGAGUACAUGAAGAGCAGCAAGUAUUGCAUUUGUGCCAGGGGAUACCAAGUUCACUCCCCUAGGGUGGUGGAGUCCAUUUUGUACGGGUGUAUUCCGGUGAUAAUUGCUGACAAUUAUGUGCCCCCUUUCUUCGAUGUGCUAGAUUGGGAAACAUUUGCUGUUUUCGUGCAGGAAAAAGACAUCCGAAACCUGAGGAGCAUUCUAUUAUCUAUCUCAGAAGACAGGUAUCUUGAUAUGCACCACAAUUUGAAAAUGGUGCAAAGGCACUUCAUAUGGCACAAAACUCCACAGAAGUAUGACUUGUUUCACAUGAUCCUUCACUCACUUUGGUCUAGCCGGGUUUCUCGGUUAAGGCCAUUGUAGGAAGUCUUGGUGGCACCCAUACUUUCGUUUCUCAUCUAGCAACUCUACAAACAACAGGAGCCGGAGAUAAAAAUCUAGACCCCUUCAUCAACUGUAAGUUUGUCAUUUUAAAUUUGCCGUAAUUUGCAAUUUAUUGUGAAUUUGUACAGUGUAGCAUGUCUUCGAAUUUGAAGUAGAAUUUGAUAUUGUCAAAUUGAGUAAUAAUGCUUAAAAAUCGAGGUAGUUAGGUGAAAGUUAAGUAGUUAUGCUCUUUAUUCUUUAAUUUUGGACAUAUGAUUUAGUUAGAUUCUCUAGAUUAGAAUGUUUAUUCUGUUGAUUUGAACUUAUGAUUUAUUCACAGCAAAUUAAACAAUU